CCCAGUUGAUGCAGCCUCACUCUGUUCGUGCCUGACACCGCAGGUUGAGGUGACGCGUCCGAGUGGGCGACUCGGACCAACAUGACUGCGAAUGCUUCCUCACCCUAUUGGGCCUCUUCCUCCAAGGCCUAAGGUGGCUCACCAUGGAACAACACCGACCGCUGGGUUUAGUUUCUGAACGAAAACAUCUUUCUCUACAUCUUCCGGACGUUUUGAGAAAAGACGUUACGAUAUCGUUUUCUCCCUGCGCAAUGGAUGCAUCUUAUUGAAUAUAUCGACUGCGGUUGCAGCUGCCUUCUUACCUUAUUACUUCUUGCAGUUUUUGGUGUCGAGCCAACUGAGUCCGAGGCCCGAGAGAAGGAGUCAAAGAAACAAAGCCAACUCCAAAAGGUCCCAAUACACCCACUUCGUUCUGCAUGUAGCAAACAGUGCAACCAACACAUCAGCCGACGCAAACCAUCGACCAUCGACAUAUCGAAAACAACAAAACCAGGCGCAAUGCCGCGAGAGACCAACCCGCUGAUUUCCUCGUAUACCCAUCUUAAAGAGCUUCCCCGUGAGACUGAGGCUUUAGAUCUCCUGAAGAGGCUCGCUGCCCUGGUGAAGCCCAUCAUGCGGGCGCGAGGCUGGAAGGUCAAAACGUUGUCCGAGAUGUAUCCUCCCCAGGCUGAUCUCUGGGGGUUGAACAUUGACAGGAGCCACAUCCUCAUCCGCCUUCGACAUCCCCACGACUGCACCCAGUUCCUCCCCUUCGAGAAACUGGUAGACACCUUGCUGCACGAGCUCUGCCACCUCGUCCACGGGCCGCACGACCGCAAGUUUAACGCCCUGUGGGACGAGCUUCGCGAGGAGCUAGAACGCUUGAUGAUGAAGGGCUAUACGGGCGAUAGCUUCUCCGGCCAAGGCCGGCGACUGGGCGGCGAGGGUAAUCCGCCUUCCGAGGCCCGCCGCUUGCCUCGCCCGGGCUCCGAGAGGCGGCGGCCGGCUCUGGGCUUCCAGGGGGUCAGGCUAGGGGGCACCGCGCCGGCUCGCGACCAGAGCCUGCGCGACGCCAUUCUGGAAUCCCUCGCGCGGAGGGGCCACGACGUUGGCCGCAACUGCGCCAACGACCGGCCCCAACGUGAGAUCCAAGCAAUCUCGGAGGCAUGGCUUUCCAAUGGCUUCCGGACAAAGGCUGAGGAGGACGAGGCGAACGACGCGGCCAUCGCGCAGGCCCUUUGGGAGCUCGAGCAGGAGGAGAGGCGCAAGGAGGCCGAAGGCCGGCCCCCACCGGUUCCUGUCGCUUCGAGACCGCCACCGCCACCCCCUCCGCGGCCCGGGUCUCCCGAGUUGAGGAACUAUUGGACCUGUACCUUCUGCACCCUGAGAAACCCGACCGUAGCGACCAAGUGUAACGCAUGUGAAAGCCCACGCUCAGCGGGAAAUCUUGCUCGAGGCAGUUUGAGCGAAAUUAUAGACCUUACCGGCAGCCCUCCACAUGAAAAGCCAAAGCCCCUCCCCCCCAGCACGGCUACUGCGCCGCCAGUUCCACAGCGGCCAAAAUGCUGGAAGUGCUCAUUCUGCGGCAACGUGAUGGAACACCGUUGGUGGACGUGCCCGCUCUGCGGCAAGAUGAAGGAGAGCUCUUAACGUACGAGGCAGACAAUCUCGAAACAAAUCAGUGCCAAGAUCUCCCAGUCAACCGUGAUUGCCCGAGGUUAGACUCAUGGCCCCGUGAAUAUUGGAGUUUAACACAGUCCGGCCCUCUUGUGCAGUCAGUGGUGCUUGACAAACCCUAACCCUAAUCUAUACUGCAGUAAUGGGGCCCAAACAAGUCGAAGUUGAACAGAGUCACGUGAAGGCGCCCUGAACCUAAAUGGAAAAGCAAAGCAGAUGAGCUUCUUAAGAUGCUGC